UCUCCUGCAUUUGGCAGGGACGAGCCACCCCAUAAGCAGCCAGGGAGGGGCUUUGCCAUCCCGCGUGCCCACGCUGACGUGCGUGCCUGCCCCCACGCGGAAUUUACCCACCCAAGCCUCAGCGUGACCCCACAACCCCCUCCCGGGAUGGGCUUAUGACCGCGUCCCGGUACCGGCGUGGGCGGCACUUCCCGUUCGGCGCCUGCGCUCGCUGCGUCCCCGGAGCCGCCGGCAGCCCGGGUGCCGGUAGCCCAUGGCGUCCUACCGCAUCCGGCAGUACCGGGAGCAGGACUACGAGGCCGUGCGGAGCGUCUUCGCCCGCGGCAUCUUGGAGCACGCCCCGGCUGGGUACCGCACGUUCCUGCGCUCGGCCCGGGCGCAGCUGGCGCUGCUCAUCCUCUUCGUCGGCGUGCGGGCGGCUGCCGGCUCCUGGGUGCUGGGGCUGGGGGCCGUGGCUGUGGCGCUGGUGGCCUCCUGGAUCCAGGUCCGCUCCCUCAGCACGACCUACGUGCAGCAGGCGCUGAGCACCGACCUCCUCGACGUCUCCACCAGCUACCUGCGGGCACCCAACUCCUGCUUCUGGGUGGCGGAGGUCAAGGGGACCGUGGUGGGCAUGGUGGCCGUGUCGCCGCCGGAGGAUCCGGCCGAGAGAGAGGUGGCCCUGGAGCUGAAGCGAAUGUCGGUCAGCAAGGACUACCGGGGACAGGGCAUCUCCAAAGCGCUCUGCGGGGAGGUGCUGCGCUUCGCCCGGGCGCGGGGCUUCGGCGCCGUGGUGCUCUCCACCUCCAUGGUGCAGGUGGCUGCCCAGCGGCUGUACGAGGGGCAGGGCUUCAGGAAGGUAGGAGCCUCCAGCCCCUCGCUGCUCGCCGCCGUCCUCUGCUUCCAGGUCUACCGCUACCGCUGCGACCUGCCCGGCCGCACCACGGCCCCGCCACGCUAGGCGACUGCCCUGGCACCCCUGCCCUGGCACCACAGCCCUGGCAGGUGGGGCAUGGCUGCAGCACCUCUGACCCCAGCCCUGGUAUGUGAGGUGCCAACGUGUCACCCGUGAUUCCAGUCCUGGCAUGUGGGGCACUGCCGUGGCACAUCCGAACCCGUCCCUGGCAUAUGAUGCACUCUUGUGGUACACCCUGGCACUGGCCCUGGCACAUGAAGCCCUGCUGUGACACUCCUGGCACUGACCCUGGCACAGGAGGCACCAUGGUAGCGUCCCUCUCUGUGGUACUCCUGACUCCAGCCCUGGCACAUGAAUCACUGCCAUGGCAUCUCUGAACCUGGCACAGGAGGAACUGCCAUGGCAACCAUAACCCCAACCCUGGUACAGAAGGCACCACCAUGGCCUUCCUGACAAUGACCCUGGCACACCCAAGCACUGUUGCCACCCCUAGCCAUGGCACACGAGGCACAAUCACACCACUCUGCCCCCCAUAUGCAGUUCCCUGUGGUGGCACACGCGUGGGGUCACUGGCAGGUGCCAGUGGCUGUGCCUGGCCAGGCUGCUGGGUCCCCUCCUCAUUUUCUAGCAGUAAUGAAUAAAGCGAGGGCUGUGUAAAA